AUGUCAACAGAUUCAAGUCAGAUUGGGGACUUGUCUAGCUCAAACUCAACUGAUAAACAGGAUAAAACUGAAUUAAAUGAUUUAUUAAAACAAUUAGAUACAACCAUAUUAAAUUUAGAAAAGAAAAGGAAAAAUUUAUUAGAACAAAUUAAUGAAUUAAAAACAUCAUCAAAGACCGAUGAUGAAUAUGAAACAAAAUUAAAACAAUUACAAAAUGCUAUUAAUGAAUUUGAUGAAAAAUUAAAAGAAGCUUAUUCAGUUAAAGAAAAUUUAAAUAAAUUUGAAAAACAAUCUCAAAUUGCUUUUCAAAUGGCACAACAACAAUUAGAAAAUCCAAAUGAUCAAUUUAAUGAAAAUGAAAUUAAAUUAAAUGAAGAAGGAUUACCUUUUAUGGAUAUACAAGAAGAAGUUGAUGACGAUGGAAAUAUUAUAAAUUCAAAAAUAAAUAAUGUUGAAUUUGAAAAUAAUAAAAAUGAUAGUAAUGAUGAUGAUAAUGGUAGACAAUUGAAAAAAAAAAAGUCCAAUCAAAAGAUAGAGAAUAAUGAUGAUGUUGAUAAGAAAAAUGUGAUUGAAAAUAAAUCAACUAGCACUGAUAAUGAUAACAUUAAGGAAUUAUUUGAUGAAAUGGAAGUUUAUCCCCAAUCACAACAACAAAAAUUAUUAAAAGAACAUUUAAAUCAAGAUGAAUUAUUAGAAAAAAUUGAUCAAUUACAAAUAAGUCCUGAAGAAAAAUUUAAUUUAAAAAAAAUUUGUAUUGAGUCUUUUAAAAAUAUAAAUGAAGAUAGUGCUCCAAAUAAUGAAAUAAAUCAGGGUAAUAUUAAAUAUCCUUCUGGUUUAGAUCGAAAUAAUUUAAUUGAAUUAGAAUUAUUAGCUGAUGAAAUUGAACAAGAUGAAGAACAUGAUGAUGGUAUGGAUAAUAAUGAAGAAUUUGAUUAUGAAUUUGAUGAUGAUGAAGAUGAUGAUGAAGAUGAUGAUUAUGCUGAUCAAUUACUUUAUGGAAAUGAUUCAAAUACAAAUUCAAAUUUAAAUUCUUCAUGGAUUGGUAAAAAUAAUUUACAUAAUCAAUCAAAUAAAAUGUUUUAUGAUCAAAUUAUGAAUUUAAGAAAUAAGAAUAGGAAAAGCAGUAAAAAUGAAGAAGGAUUAAAUGAUAAUGAUGAUGAAAAAUUGAAUGAAAUCCCAAAAACUGAUGAUGUUGAUAAAAAGUCUAAAAAAUCGGUUAGAUUUUCAAAUGAUUUAGAUAUAAAAAAUAUUGAAAAUAUUUCAAAUGAAUUAAAAAAGAAUGAAUUAUUAAAUUCCAGAAAAUCAUUAUUUAAACAAAAUAGGCUAAGAAAUAAUGAAAGAAAUCAAAAUCUAGAUGAAGAUAUAGUAGAGAAUGAACCUAAUAAUGAAGGAAAUAAAGUAGUUGAAGAUAUGAUUAUUGAAAAAGAAUCACCAAUUUUUGAUAAUGAUUCUAUAACUGGUGAAAUUAUCGAUAAAGAUAAAGAUGAAGAUGGAGAUAUUAUUUUAAAUGGUGUUAAUGAAUCUAAUGAUGGGAUAAGCACUGUGAAUAUUAAGAAACCAGUAUCUAGAUUUAAAGCAAUGAAACAAGAAAAAAAACCAAUUCCAAUAUAUGAUUUUCAGAUUAAGAAAAGCAUAGAUGAAAAAGAUAAUGCAAUGGGAAGCCAAAUACAAAAUAUUAAUGAUAUUGAAGAAAAUCAAAAACAAGAUGAUACCAAUGAUGAUAAAAAACAACUACAACAAACAGAAGAUAUAAAAGAUACAAAUUUAGAUUAUCAAAAUUUAAAUAAAGAUAUGGAUACAAUGGCAAAAGCAUAUAUAAUGGGAAUGUAUGAUGAUGAUUUAGAAAAUGAUGGAAUUAUUAUAGAAGAAUUAAAUGAUUUUGAAAAACAAAAUAAGAUAGUUGAAGAAAAAGAAAAACAGAGUAGAAAAGAAGGAAAUUUAGAAGGGAAUAAGAAUAAGAAUAAGAAUGAUGUAUAUGAUUUUAAAUCAAAUGAAAUUGGAAUGGAUAUUGAUGAUGAUGAUAAUGAAAUUGAUGAAACUAAUGAAGUUAUGACUAAUGAUAUAAUUGAAAAUGACGUUGAUGAGUACAAUGAUGACGAAAAUGAUAAUGAAAAUAAUGAUGAUGAUUAUACUUUUAAUUCAAAUAUUUUAAAUAAAGAAAUUAAACAAGAUUAUAAUAAAUUAAAACAAAAAUUUAAACAAUUAUAUUCAAACAAUGAAUCAAAUAAUAAAGAUAAAGAAUUUGAACCAAUUGAUGAAUUUGGUAAUACUAUAAAAAUAAGUAGAUUUAAAUCAAAUAAUAUUAAUAAUAAUAGCGGUAGAUUUAAUUAA